AAAAGGGGAAGGGUAAGUUGGUUCAGAGCAUUUGAUAGGAGCAAAAAUGCACUCUUGCCGCGCCUUAGAUCCAGUAGGCAUAGGCACACCAUGUUCGUUUCCGUGCCAGGUAGGACACCUACUUCGACCGUCUUCUACCUUUAGACUUGGUCUUCUUCUUCUCACUCCCAAAUCAAUCUCAGACAUUACCUCCUACUCUCUCUUCGCUGGCACACUCAGAUACCCACUAACAACAACCACCACCAAGCAUCGGAGUCCUUGCCGCCAAGUGACGUCAGCUCCCACUAUGCUUCCUCAAAACCCGGUCGUCGCUGAUAUUUGCGCCACCUUCAUUGCCGGUGGUGUUGCUCUGUUCUUCCUUCUGUUGUGGGAAGAGACCGCCAAACGUGGGGUCUUCGACCAGGGGGCCACUGUACUAUGCCACGACAAUAACUUUGGCUUGUAUAAUCUAUUGGAGAACUUCCCCCAUUGCAAUUGCUCUUAUAUGCAAUCUGUGUGCUGGAGAUGGUUUAGCAGACAUUAUUGGUAGACGGUUUGGUACUCGGAAAAUUCCGUACAACAGAAACAAAUCCAUAGUUGGUAGUGUUGCAAUGGCAUCUGCUGGUUUUUUAACAUCUAUCGGGUAUAUGCACUAUUUCUCCAGAUUUGGAUUUGUUCAGGAGAGUUGGGGUAUGGUUUUGGGUUUCUUGGUUGUGUCUCUUGCCUCGGCACUGGUAGAAUCACUCCCGAUAAGCACUGACCUUGAUGACAACCUAACAGUUCCACUUACUUCUAUAUUAGUCGGCAGUUUGGUUUUCUGAUUUGGGUAAUCCGUGUAAAUGGUGGCGAAAGAAUCAACUGCAUUUGGCCAACUUGAUUGGGUGUUGUAAUAUGUGUACUAUAGCAUUGUUUCUUAGCUUGACGAUCUGUAACGGAUAAUAACGUACCCAUAAAUGAUGUAACCUUGAUGCUCUCUUGUGAAAAUUCAUGACAAUGCAGGUGACUUAUAAGCGCCGCAUGAAUAAGACAACUGUGUUUCUUCUUGUAA